UGCCAUAUGUGAAUGUAACAAAAAAAUAAACCCCUUAAGCCGCCUAAUGGAUAUUCACGCCGGUGACAUGAUUUCCUGUAAAAGUACUUGCAUAAUUUCCUCCAAUGCGUACCCGCCACGUGUCCUACUCGCCUUCAUACCGACGCCGUCACACCCCCCUCUGUUUUUUCCGUCAAACCGAUAAAUGUCCUCCAUAUAAUAACAAAACUAUGCUUUUAAUAAAAAAUCCUCAGUUACCACUGCUAACCAAACAGCCCCUUCCCUCGUUACAUCCCUCCGGUCAACCGUAAAAACCCUAAUCUCCUAACCUAAAUUUCUCUAUACAAAAAAGCUCUCAGAUCGGCACAACGGAACGGAAUCUAAUUUAUGGAGAAGGAAGAAGAAACUCAGUCAGGAUCUCCAGUUGAAUCACCGCGAUCUAACGGAAGGAUAACGGUAACGGUAGCAUCAGCACCUCCUCCUCCUCCUCCUCCUCCUCCACAAAACACGUUAACUUUAGCUCUACCAAUACAGCAGCAGCAGCAAUCGAGACCUGUUACUAUUAGUGGCGGUGGUGGUGGAAGAGAGGAUUGUUGGAGUGAGGGUGCCACAGCUGUACUGAUCGAAGCUUGGGGAGAACGUUACCUCGAAUUGAGCAGAGGUAAUUUGAAGCAGAAGCACUGGAAAGAUGUUGCGGACAUUGUUAGUAGUCGAGAAGAUUAUAGAAAAACGCCUAAAACUGAUAUUCAGUGCAAAAAUCGAAUUGAUACUGUGAAGAAGAAAUACAAACUGGAGAAAUCUAAGAUCAUGGCAGGUCAAGGACCUAGCAAGUGGCCUUUCUAUGAGAAGCUCGAUCAGUUGAUAGGUCCGACGGCUAAGAUCAAUCCGACCAUCGCUGCCGGAGUUGCUGGACCAUCCAAUUUAUAUUCAGGUAAUCAACAAGUGCCUAUGGGUAUUCCUAUGGGAGUCAGGUCACUUCCUCAGCUUCGACAACAUCAACCGUUGCAACCACAACAGAAACAGAAGCAACCGGCCCGGAAAAGGCCUCAUAUGGAUUCAGACACGUCGGAAUCAGAGUCGGAGCCGGACCUUUCACCUGCUUCAACUGACAGUUUUCCACCGGGAACUUUUCAGAGAAAGAGACCAAGGAUUCCGAGGGAAAUGCUGAAUUCAAGCGUGUUAAGGCAGGGGAUACAUGGAGGAAUUGGAGAAGCUAGUGGAAAGGAUGGAAACAAAAAUUGGGGGAAUUCGGUUAGGGAGUUGACACGAGCAAUUCUAAAAUUCGGGGAAGCAUAUGAACAAACAGAGAGCGCGAAGCUGCAACAAAUGGUGGAGAUGGAGAAGCAGAGAAUGAAGUUUACAAAGGAAAUGGAGUUGCAGAGAAUGCAGUUUUUUAUGAAUACACAAUUGGAGCUUUCACAGCUGAAGCAUAGGAGAGUUGGGAACAUCAACCAGCACCAUAGCAACAAUCACGUUGCUGCCGCCAGCAACCACAACAACAGUGAUAGCAGUAUUUAAGGUCUAAUAAAGAUCCACGGGCUCGGUAUCUAACAGAGAUUUGUAUUGUAAUUUAGUAGUGUUAUAUUGCUGCUAAACUCUCUCUUCAUUUGAAAGCCAAGUUGUAGAAUAUAUAGUUAAUUAAUUCCUAAUCGGAAGUUUAUUUAACUGAAUGUAGCUCCAAUCCUCUUCCAUCUUUGCCUUUUCUUUUAUACCUGGAUGACUCAAAGCAAGCUGAAUUGAAUAUUAUAAUCUUUUAACUUUUACAAA